UCUUCCACAUUUUUCAAUCCAUUUCUCUCUCUCUCUCUCCAUACAAAGAAAAAAAAAAUUCAAAAUCUAGAAUCCAAUAUUCCCUUUCUUCCUCUGCAUAUUUUCAGCCAAAACUUCCACAUAUUUUCCCGGUUCUCUCCAAGCCUUACCUCAACACAAUGACGAACCAAAAAUUGGUCAUUCCGGACGCGAAAUCGGGCAUUCCGAUGGCCUUUCCCAUCGCAAUGCCCGACUCGGCCCUCUUCCCCCUCAACGGGAACCGCCUCCCGCUGAAGAAGCUCCUCAAGAAGCUCGCCCCCAACGCGAACGGAGCUCGGAUCAACGCCCUGCUCGACUCGAUGAGGGCCUCCUCCCCCACGAGGCGGCCCUCGGACACCGAGGACCACGCCUCUUGGAAUCUCCACCACCCGUCGGCUCUGACUAUGUUCGACGAGAUCGAGGCCGCCGCCACGGGCAAGCAAAUAGUGGUUUUCUUGGACUACGACGGGACCCUCUCGCCGAUCGUCGAGGAUCCCGACCGCGCCUUCAUCACCAGUGAGAUGAGAGAAGCUGUGAGAGAUGUUGCAAAAUUGUUCCCUUCCGCCAUUGUUAGUGGGAGGUGCAGAGCUAAGGUGUAUGAUUUCGUACAAUUGACGGAGCUUUACUACGCCGGCAGCCAUGGAAUGGACAUUAAAGGGCCAUCAAAAGGGCAUAAAUCACAAAAAAGAGUGAGUACAAAAUUAAAUUGUUUUCUUAAAAAUUGUCACAAAAAUUUAAUUUUCUUGCAAAUUUUUCUCAUGUUAAAUGUGUGUAAUGUUCAGGGAAAUCAAACUGUCCUCUGCCAACCUGCAAGGGCAUUUCUGCCUAUAAUUGAUGAGGUGUACAAAGCUUUGAUAGAGCAAGUGAAGCACAUUCCUGGAGCAAAAGUCGAGAACAACAGAUUUUGUCUCUCCGUUCACUACCGUUGUGUGGAGGAAAAGAAAUGGAUCGAGUUGGCCGAUCAAGUGAAGUUGGUGAUCAAGGACUACUCGCAGCUCAGGGUGACUCACGGUAGAAAAGUGUUUGAGAUUCGCCCGACUAUCAAGUGGGACAAGGGGAACGCGGUCGAGUUCUUGUUGGAGUCAUUGGGGUUCGAUGAGUCCAGUGAUGUGUUUCCCAUGUAUAUAGGCGAUGAUAGAACCGACGAAGAUGCUUUUAGAGUUUUGCGAGAGAGGGGUCAAGGACUAGGAAUCCUAGUAUCGAAAGGUCCAAAAGAAACAAAUGCUUCCUACACUUUGCAAGAACCCAUGGAGGUUAUGCACUUCCUAAGACGAUUGGUGGAGUGGAAGAAGGUGUCUUUGUUUAGGCAUUAGUAAUUGUAGAGAAAGAAUUGUAGAGAUAUUACCUAUCCUAUAUGUUUUAUGAGGGAUAGGGUUGAAUUUCUGUAAUUGUUCUUUUUUUCAUUUUUUGGUAAUUUUUUCAAUUGUAAAUUAAUCCCCAAGGGGUUAUUAUUAUGCAUUUUUAGAAAUUUUCAAGUAAUUUUGCACAUUCUCGGA